UUAAAAUGGCGGCGUUGAGCAGCGCCGAGUCCCCACCGCCCGUCUUCAACGGAGACACCAUGGACCGUGAUCCGGAGCGGGAGCGGGGACUGGACGAACUGGGCGCCGGGCUCGACACCACUGGCUCCGUGGGGAUUCCCGAAUGUCAGCAAGACAUUCCCGAGGAGAUAUGGAACAUCAAACAGAUGAUCAAGUUGACGCAGGAGCACUUGGAAGCACUUCUGGACAAGUUUGGAGGAGACUGCAACCCUCCGUCCAUAUAUGUGGAGGCCUAUGAGGAGUACACCAGUAAGCUGGAUGCGCUGCAGCAGCGUGAGCAGCAGCUCCUGGAGGCCAUCGGCAAUGGCACAGAGUUCUCCUCCUCCUCCUCCCCCACGGCCACCUCCUCCUCCUGCACGUCCACCGCUGCGGCCCUGCUGGACGCCAAGCUGGGAGGCGGCGGCGGAGGAGGUGCCCAGGGCUUUUCCCCCUGCCCGCCUGCGCCCAACACCCUGGCCGUCCUGCACACGCCCACCGAUGCCUCCCGCACCAACCCCCGCUCCCCGCAGAAGCCCAUCGUCCGGGUCUUCCUGCCCAACAAACAGAGGACCGUGGUCCCGGCCCGCAAUGGGAUGACGGUCAGGGACUCCCUGAAGAAGGCCCUGAUGAUGAGGGGCCUCAUCCCAGAGUGCUGUGCAGUAUACAGGAUACAGGACGGGGAGAAGAAGCCUCUUGGUUGGGACACCGAUAUCUCCUGGCUCACAGGGGAGGAGCUUCACGUGGAAGUUCUGGAGAACGUGCCCUUGACCACCCACAACUUUGUGAGGAAGACCUUCUUCACGUUGGCCUUCUGCGACUUCUGCCGGAAGCUGCUGUUCCAGGGCUUCCGCUGUCAGACGUGCGGCUACAAGUUCCACCAGCGCUGCAGCACCGAGGUCCCCCUCAUGUGUGUCAACUACGACCAGCUGGAUCUGCUGCUGGUGUCCAAGUUUUUCGAGCACCACCCCAUCACCCAGGAGGAGGUGUCGUCGGAAGGGACCACCCCUAUCUCGGAAGUCUGCCCGUCCCUGCCACCCUCGGACUCCACCGGGUCGCUGUGCCACCCCAGCGUGUCUCCGUCCAAGUCCAUCCCCAUCCCCCAGAGUUUCCGGCCCGGAGAGGAGGACCACCGCAACCAGUUUGGCCAGCGGGACCGCUCCUCCUCCGCACCCAACGUCCAUAUCAACACCAUCGAGCCAGUCAACAUCGACGACUUGAUUCGUGACCAAGGUUUACAGAGAUCUGAUGGAGCCCCCCCGACCCACCCAGCGCGCUGCUUGAGGAAACAGCGCACGCGGACCUCGAGCCCGCUCCUAUACUCCUACCCCAAUGACACUGUCUUUGAUUUUGACCCCGAGCCUGUGUUCCGAGGUUCCACAGCAGGCCUGUCGGCCACGCCCCCCGCGUCGUUGCCGGGUUCCCUGACCAAUGUGAAGGUGCAGCAGAAGUCUCCCUGCCCGCAGCGCGAGCGCAAGUCCUCAUCCUCAUCCGAGGACCGCAAUAAAAUGAAAACUCUGGGCCGCAGGGACUCGAGUGACGACUGGGAGAUCCCGGAGGGCCAGAUCACCCUGGGCCAGAGGAUAGGAUCAGGCUCCUUUGGAACAGUCUACAAGGGCAAGUGGCACGGUGAUGUGGCAGUGAAGAUGUUGAACGUCACAGCUCCCACUCCCCAGCAGCUGCAGGCCUUCAAGAAUGAAGUGGGCGUCCUCAGGAAAACGCGUCACGUGAACAUCCUGCUCUUCAUGGGCUACACCACUAAGCCUCAGCUGGCCAUCGUGACCCAGUGGUGCGAGGGCUCCAGCCUCUACCACCACCUGCACAUCAUCGAGACCAAGUUCGAGAUGAUCAAGCUCAUCGACAUCGCCCGCCAGACGGCACAGGGCAUGGACUACCUGCAUGCCAAGUCCAUCAUCCACAGGGACCUGAAGAGCAACAACAUCUUCCUUCAUGAGGACCUGACGGUGAAGAUUGGUGACUUUGGUCUGGCCACAGUGAAAUCGCGCUGGAGCGGUUCACACCAGUUCGAGCAGCUUUCGGGAUCCAUCCUGUGGAUGGCCCCUGAGGUGAUCCGGCUGCAGGAUAAGAACCCGUACAGCUUCCAGUCGGACGUGUACGCCUUUGGCAUCGUGCUGUACGAACUGAUGUCUGGAGCACUGCCAUACUCCAACAUCAACAACAGAGACCAGAUCAUCUUCAUGGUGGGUCGGGGUUACCUGUCUCCUGACCUGAGUAAGGUGCGCAGUAACUGCCCCAAGGCCAUGAAGAGGCUGAUGGCAGAAUGCCUCAAGAAGAAGCGGGAGGAGAGACCCCUCUUCCCACAGAUCUUGGCGUCUAUAGAGCUGCUGGCGCGUUCGCUACCCAAGAUCCAUCGCAGCGCCUCUGAACCCUCCCUCAACCGCGCCGGAUUCCAAACCGAGGACUUCAGCCUGUACGCCUGCGCGUCCCCAAAGACACCCAUACAGGCCGGCUGCUAUGGGGAGUUUUCAGCCUUCAAGUAGUACUGCAGACAUCGCUAGUCCAUUCCUCAUCACCUUUUUGCUAAAGUCUUGUGUUCCUACAGUGGGUUCAUGCAUAAAGCUGAAAACAAAAAAAAAACAAAAAAAACCUAGUCUCAAAGAAUGUGCCGUUUUCUCUUUUCCUCUUAACCUGAAGAGCAACAGCCUCAAAAUGGGAGUUGCAAACACAACAUCGAGAAAAAAAGAGAAAAAAAAAGAAAAAGGACAAAAGACGGGGGAAAAAAGCUGACCAACUGAUCUCUGCAACAGGACAUCUCUGGUUCACAGUAUGUUAGACAAACUUGAUUUUUCUCUGCCACUGCCCCAACCACAUCUUUCCUACCCUCGCCCUCCAGCCACAAGAACAAUAACAACCACAACAAGACACUCGAACACAACAAAGAGAUUGGGGGAAAAAAAGAACGGUUAUAUGAUGGAAAUUGAAUUUCCAAAGGAGACUGUGGUGAGGCCCACACCAAGAAGACUUUUGAGGAGCGAGCGAGAGAGAGAGGGAUGAGGAAAUGAGGAACGAGAGGGGUUGUACUGGUCUACAUCCCACCCCUUUGUAAUGGGGAAGACAAUGGACAGAGGUGUUUGAAAGGAUGAGUGUGAAAGCAUUGAAGUGGUCUGAGUGGAUUGUGGCCCCCUCUGUUAAGACCGCUGCUGUGCCGUGUGUCUCCCCAGAGGGUGGACAAGAAGUGGGGUUGGAUAGAAGCAAUGGAAGGAUGGAUGGAUUCCCAUCCAAUGGAUGAUGGCGAUUUCAGUAGUUUCGGCCAACCAUGGCACAGAAUGGUCAUUUGUCCACCAAUGGCUUGCUUGAGGACCGUGAACAGAGAGAACAGCUGCCCCCUCCUCCCGUGGGGGUUGCUUUUUGGCUGAUUGGGAUUGGCUCUGAUCUGCCGUCAGUCAAUCCAUGAGAGGUGUUGUGUAAUAGGGCCAACUUCGUUCGGAAGAUGACUUGAAUGACACUUUUUUUUUUUUUUUUUAAUAUACAUACAGUACAUAUGUUUUGAGCAUAUUGGGAGCUACUGGUGGAAAAAGCUUUUGUUUUCUUUGUUUUUCUUUUCUUUUCCUCUCCUGUUGAGCUUGUUGCAGCAGAUUAGGGUUUUUUCCCAUGUUCCUUCCCUCCUGGCUCUGUAUAAAGGCAAGUCCUUUACAUUCCCUCCCCUUCCCUCCCCUUCCCUUCCCUUCCGUCCUAAUGGUGAUUAUCCCAUUGCCUGUACAGUGAAGACGAGGCUAUAUCUGGAUUUUUGCACCAUCCACAGACCCUACCAGUUCCCCCCCAACCCCACAAUCUCUUACAUUCCACAGCUGUGAUGACUUUGCGCUAUUGUACAUGUUGUCCAGAAGGAUGGUAAUCGUCCAGUGUAGUUAUAGACACUUUUACAGUCCAGAAUGGUGUGUUUCACUAAAAGUGAUUGUCCCUGAUUGUCAUCUUUGGGGUAAUCCUUUUCGAGCAUUUAUUUUAAAAAGUUGUUUUGUUGAAAAAAAAAGCCUCACAACCUCCAUGUGCUUGAACUCCAGCUUUGAAAGGAUACAGCACAAUUCCACAUAGACCACAAAGGUUUUAUAGUUUAUUCUCUUUUUUCCCUCCUUCUUUCGCCAGGGUGUCCUGGCAUCUAGCUGAUAAGCUACACUCAAAUAAGAGGAGCGGGCCGUCCACUCCGAGCUAAGCAGACCGUGCCGUACCUAGCUGUCAGUGUCUGUCAGGGAGAUGAUCUUGUGCCGCUGCUGUUGGAGCAGAAACCAAUACCGUACAAGUCUGUUGUAGUGGCGCCAUGUCCUGUAUUACAACUGCUGAUAUCAAUAUCACAGUAAGAGGUGCAUAAGGAAGCACUUUGUGGAGCGCCUUUAGAUUUUAUAUAUCGUCACUGUCCAGCAGAAACCUUGUAUCUCCACUAUUUGAUUUGAUUUUGCAUCUGUUCUUUAUUCAUUAUGAAAUCUAAAUCAGUGCUACUGGUCGGUCUUCAUGAGUAAAUGUGUAUGAUGAAUUAUUUAAUAACCAACUCUCAUGUUGAAGUGAUUAUCUAUUUUGAAAAUAGUGCUUUAUAAAUCAGUGUGUGAAAAACGAUGAAAAGUUGAGAUACAAGGUUUCUGCCUGACAGCGACGAUAUAUCCUUUUUUGAAGAACAAAUGCUGGGGCCUUGUAGCAUGAAGAGAGUUUCGCUGUCUGGAAUGCCAGUCACAAACAGCCUGGACUGGCAUUUGUUUGUAAAUGUUUUCGUUGAUGGUUAACAGGAAAAUAUGUGAAGUAUGCUGACUCGGAGAAGACUCGUUUAAGCACAGUUUUUUGUCAAGGUCAAAAGGCAUAGUCAAUGCAGUUAUUUCCAAUUACUGACUGUCAGUUUAAUAUUGGUCAUAGUUACAAUUGUUGUGUUUUUUUUCUCAACAUUUUUUUUUGCAAGCUUUGCCAUUCAACAAAAUGGCUGUGUCUUACUUGCCUUGUUUCAGAUGUAUGGGUGGAUGGAGUGUUGCAGAUAGCUGUCGUUAACCAAAAGAUUUGGCCUAUGAAACGUCCAAGAAGUUACAAGAUGGCUGCCAUCAUUCUGUUGCAUAAAAAUAGUCACACAAGAGAUAAUAAUACCUCUGAAUCUUGCCAUUUUUUGUUUAGUUUACUUCCUCAAUUUUUUUUCAUUCCAGUAACCGUUGAGGGGUCAAAGAUUUUUAUUUUAUUUCAUUUUUUCUAUUGUUUUGCCUUUGAUUUUCUUGUGGACAGGCAGGCCUGCAGAGUUAGAUUUUAUUUAUGUGACUUAAACUAUAUUGAACUCUAUCUCUUGUUUGUUUGUUUGUUUUGAUUCAUUCUUUCCUAGAGUACUUUAUUUUUAGCUGUAACUAUAUCUUUUUUUUGUUUCUUAAUUUUUAAUGUGGAUCCUGCAAUGCUUGUACUUGCACUUUGUGGAAUUUGGUUGAAACAAAUGAGCAGUUUUUUGCCUUUUCAUGGCCUAAUAAAUAUUGUCAUGAGCGUAAUGGCAUCAGUUAAUGAAGCGUUGUGAAACAGCUGUGUAUUCCUCUCACUUGCUGAGGGGGCUGAGAGAGAGAGGGAUAGAGAUGGAGAGAGUGGGAACAGUGUUGCUGAGAGUGGUUUUUAGAAAGGAUGUCGUUUUCCUCUCUGGUUUCCACCCAUCCACCCCUUUAUUUCUCCUCCUCUCCCAUUAGUCUUGACUUCCCUCAAUAUGAUGUUUUUUUUUAAUACUCUUUAUUUUUUUGUUCUUCAUUUUGCCUUUUCAACCAGUGCCAUUCCUCAAUAUUUGGUUAUCUGUCCAAACAGCCCCACAUCUGAGAACGUGUAUCUGCUUGCACUAGCCUGGUCGCACACUCUUCCUUUUAUAAAGAUCACCCUGCCCCCCUUCUCUCUCUCUCCCUUCCUCCCUAUUCCUAUCUGAUUCAGGGGAGGUGUGAAACAGAUGUUGUCCUUUGGAGGGGAACGACAUGGUGCAUACACAGCACUAGUAAUGUUUUGUUGUGGGUUUGGGUGCCGGCUACAGAAGUGCUGUGUUGGUUUUCAUAGCGUAUUAUUUGUAAUGUUGUCUCCUCACCCUCAUGCUUGUUGGUUGGAAAAGACAAUGGUUGUCUUCUGUCCAACUGUGUAAACCAGGAAUGGCACAACUACAGGAUGUAGUGAAUGGGAGUAUGUUUUUAUUGAGUGUUUUUAUUUAUUUGUUGAUGUUCUUAUUUGCUAUGAGAAUGACGUUGAAUACAUGACCGAAUGGUGGAUAUUUCCAGAUGUUUGAGCUUGGCUGUGGAGCUGUCCCCCGCAGUAGGACUUGAAUGAGGUGUCUUAAUAUGUAUUCUGAAUAUAUUUUCCAUAUACUGUAUAUGGAAUACAUGUUGGCUCUAGAACCUUCCCUCUCUCCCUCCCCUGCUUAAUGUUUUCGCUUCCAGAAUGUUCUUAGUGUCUAAGAGACUUUUUCGCUCACCCUUCCCCUUCCCCUGCCCCACCUACACCUACACUCAACCCCAUCCCUUCUUCAUUCCUUUCUUCUAUUCCUGCUUCUUAGCCUGAUCCUGAAUUCUGUCCCAUAGACCCACUCAGCAGAGCACUAUCACACACCAAGUUUUUGUUUUGUUUUGUUUGUUUUUUGGGAGAUUGUUUUCACCUGUAAAUAGCUGUACAAAGGAGAAAACAAAAAAACACUGUUUGCUAAGAGGCAUGGAGACUAAAAACAUGAAAAUGAGCUAUGAAAUAUUUCGAAAUGAAGACAUUAAAGGUUGAGACAAAAAAUACCCCAACGUUUUGAUAGAGGAAAAAUUCUGAGAAAAUAUUUCUGUGUAAAAAAUAUUUAAGACUGUAUAUUAUAAAAGGAAACAGAGCUUAAUGUAUUUGUUGUGAAUAUGAAAAACUGAUAUAUUAAAGAAGUGCAUGAAAACUGUCAA